AAAUUUUACAGACCACUCGCGACGGCGAUAACGACGGCGACCGCGAUAUAAACAACAAAAUCAUAUCUUGAUACUGGAAACCCUAGCCUGAACCCUGUCUGAGAAGAACCCAUGAUCUACUUGCUAAUUCUAAUUGAAGGAGAUGUAGAGGUAUAGAUAGUCAGUCUAUCUUUAGCGUUUUGGAUUCCAUAUAAAUGGAAUUCAUGUUGGAAAAGGUCUUCCCCGUAUACGCCAUAGGGCUGCAGAAACACGACCCAGCUCCACCGUUUCAAAUUGUCGAUUCGGGUCAUCACGUCUAUGAUCCUAUAUGGGAUGCAAUCAUGGAAGAGGCUAGGCUCGAGGCAGAGAAGGAGCCAAUUUUGAGUAGUUUCUUGUAUGCAAGUAUUUUGUGUCAUGAUUCUCUAGAAAGGGCAUUGGGUUUUGUACUUGCCAAUCGGCUUCAGAGUCCUACACUCUUGGCUACACAACUUAUGGACAUAUUCAAUGAUGUAAUGUUGAAAGAUGAAGGUAUUCGGAGAUCAAUUCGCCUUGAUGUCCAGGCAUUUAAAGACAGGGAUCCUUCCUGUUUGUCAUAUUGCUCAGCACUCUUAUAUCUAAAGGGUUACCAUUCCUUGCAAGUGUAUCGAGUAGCACACGCAUUGUGGAGGAUGGGUCGCAAGGUGUUAGCAUUGGCAUUACAAAGCCGAAUUAGUGAGGUUUUUGGAGUUGACAUACAUCCAGCUGCAAUAAUUGGAGAAGGAAUUUUGUUGGAUCAUGGUACGGGUGUUGUUAUUGGUGAAACAGCAGUUAUAGGAAAUCGAGUUUCAUUGAUGCAAGGAGUGACCCUAGGUGGAACUGGAAAGGAACUGGGUGAUCGUCACCCAAAAGUAGGGCAAGGUGCGCUAAUUGGAGCAAGUGCUAUAAUUCUAGGGAAUAUAAAAAUAGGCGAAGGCGCUUUGGUAGCUGCUGGUUCGCUAGUCUUGAAGGAUGUCCCUCCUCACAGCAUGGUGGCAGGAAUACCAGCAACUAUUAUAGGCUAUGUGGAUGAGAAAGAUCCAUCCCUAACAAUGAGGCAUGAUGCAAGCAAAGAGUUCUUUGAGCAUGCAGCUGAUGCUGAUAAUCAAGCUGAGAGGGACUCUGUUGGAUCAUCCAAGCUUCAAAGAAACAAUGGCGGCAUCAUAAGAGAAGAGCCCUGAGUUUAUAUAUGUAUGAAUCACACUAUUUAAAUCAGCAGAUUUGGUACCAAAUCAACCAAUGUUUGAUUUUCAGACAGCAUUAAAUUAGUGUUUAGCUAAUUCAUAUGCAACAACUCUUGCUCUGUUAUGUCUACAAAUGCAAGAUACAACAAUUAUGUUAUGUAAUGAUUUUCAAGCUGAAAAUGUUAUUAGUUUUAUGAAA